UAAUGGUGGUAGACCAAACAAAAAGAAAUCCCUUCCCAUACUUCAGAUCUCACCAAAACCCUUGCCAUUAUUUUUAAUACCAAACAGUAAAUCCUCUUCAUAGAAGGCUUGUACCACAAGAACAUGUUCUUAAGCUGAUAUAAAGAAAUUUUAAUUCAAAACACUAUUUAAUGAUAUAUGAUAAAUAAUUUUUUAUUUAUAAAAUAAUGUCUUCAUCAAGAUUCUAUACUAUCCAUUUAGAUCUAAUGUUACUGUUGGCGGUAGUCCUAAAUGAACACUUUCACCAAAUAGAGCUACCAUUUUUUAAUUAUCAGAAAAAUUAUCAAAUUUUUAACAUAAAGUUGAUGAAGACUAAGCUGUAUAAUAAAAUAAUUAAUUAAGUUUGAAAAAGAGUCUUUCUAAAAUAAAGCUAAGAUGA